CAAAGAAAGGCCUAUUUUAGUGUAGCUUCUUUCCUUAAUAUUUGAGGUUUAUCGGCAGCCGAGUUUUUGUGGCUGCAUUUUGCAUUAUGAACAUGAUCUGUAUUAUCCUAAUGCAAAGGAAUUAUUGUUUGCAUCCUAGGUCUUGGGCAUGAAGAGCUAAAAUAGCUACAAGGUUUGGACAAUUUCUGUAGCACAUGGAAGAGUCAUCAUUUCUUGAUAGAAUGCUCAGCCAUCUUCGGGCAUCAUGCAAGUACUAUACUGGUUAUCCAAAAGAUCUUGGGCCAUCGCGGAUUAUUCACUUUACAUCAGAGCGUGAAUUUGUCCAGCUCCUUCAUGAAGGUCGGCCUGUAGUUGUUGCAUUCACCAUCAGGAGUAACUAUACAAAACAUCUUGAUAAGGUACUUGAGGAAGCUGCUGCAGAGUUCUAUCCGAGUAUAAAAUUUAUGCGUGUUGAGUGCCCAAAAUAUCCUGGGUUCUGUAUAACGCGGCAGAAGAAGGAAUACCCUUUCAUUGAAAUUUUUCAUAGUCCGGAACAAGCAGCCAGCCAAGGAAGGGUUGCUGAUCCAAAUAUUACAAGAUAUUCUGUAAAAGUUUUACCAUUCAAUUAUGACCUAAGUGCCUAUGGAUUCAGAGAAUUCUUCAAGCGCUAUGGAAUAAGAUCAUCAGAUCCCAGAUAAAGAGCAGAUGUUCACUGUAAGUUUAUUAUCUCCUCCUGGGUUAUUGUCGCUACAGCAGAAUUUUUUUCCAUGUAGACAUUUACUUGGUGGCCAUGUGAACCACUUGUAAACUGGUUAAUUACAAACGUAUUUUGUUAAAUUGUCAGGUUCUCUAAUAGUAAAUGUUGGGUAUUUUAUUUGUGUAAUAUAAAUAUCAUGAAUUUGGAGGACACUUGUUUGAAAAUUAAGGAUCCGGGAGGCUUAUGAAUUUAAAA